AUGAGCUUCGAUGGCUCUUCAAGGAAGCGUCAGCGGACGAGUGGUCUCGGCCAGGGCGAUCGCGAGGACCCUCUGACACGCGUGUGGCUACGGCGUCUUUGCGAUGCCGGCUCGGCAAUCCCGAGGCCUGCACUGGAGCAGCUUCGCCGUGCAGAGAUCCUGGGCCUGCGUGCACGCUUCGACGCGCGCUACGCCGAAGUCUGCAAGGAAGUCGGCAAAGAAGAAACAGCACGGCAAGCACCCAGAGAGUCGUUUAACAAGUGGCUGAUGGAGCGCCUGAAUGGCAAAGGAAUGGAUCCUCUUUGGGGAGGCGAUGACUCGAAGUUUCAGGUUUCCGGCUCAGCCGAGGAAGCUGAUGAGGCACUUUGUAGGAGACUAUGCCGGGUUCUGCUGCUUGGCUUGGAUGCGGAAACUGCAGCGACAGCAGAAAGCCGAGUUCGACAGAUCUGUUGUCAGCUGACCUCGGAGGCUGCUGCUGCUGCCAAAUCCUUGCACAGAAAGUUGAAGGCAGAGUGCAGCAGCACUGUGUCAGCAACUUUCGAUGCACGCCGAGGCUGCUACCUGUUUACGCUGCCUGGAAGUCCGGACAGUCCAGCCAUUACCAAUGCUUGCUCGGACUCGGAGGGUAGUGGAGAGUCCGCAGAUGAGCCUGGAGGGAGUUCGGAGGCAUUUGCCAUCAGUCCGUCCGCGCUGGCCAGGUUGGCGCUUGCCCGGCUUGUUUGUUUACGUAGUUCUAGUCUUCCCUUACUCAGUACUACCACAUCUACUCUACCACCAGUUUUCAUCGGGGCGGCCUCCAACUAA